CAAUUUGAAAACACAAUUAAAGUCUUCGCGUGUUAUUUGUGUCCAUUGAUAUACACGAGUGAUAAUCGGAUCCAUUCGGUGAUAAUAUAUACGAUAUACUGAUUGGUGGUAAUCAUGAGUACGUUGGAGGACAAGAUAUUGGGCGAGAAAUUGCAUUACUAUUGCAGUAGUAGUGAGGAUGAGGACAAUGAGGACAUCGAUGGUAACGAAGACAAUAAUAAGACGAAGAGCGCUGCGGACGCCGAUCACGUGAACUCCAAUGUGACCGCCGAUGGCGACCGCCACUGGAACCGAUGGGGCGGCAACUCAUGCAAUACGGGACCUAAAGGUGUGAUCAAAGAC